AUGACUUCCCGCCCAAGGGCUGGCCGUGGGACGACUGGGCGCGAUGGCAAAGAGUCAGAUCUCGAGAACGAGAUGCUUAGCAGAAUCCUUGAGAGUCUUCGGAAAGCCCAAGGAUUCAAUGAUCAAUGUCGGAGUCUAGGGCAGGAGAUCGUGUCCUUGGAAGAAGAGAUCAAAUUGAUCAGUCACUCUACACCAGAACAACAUAAACGGCUGGAUUCCCUGUACAGAGAAAAUCUCCGAUAUUCAGAAUUGGAAAAGAAGGUUCACGACGAGGAGGACAUUAUCAACAAUCUUGCCAUUUUGGCCACGAUGAAGUCUAACGAUGACCCAGCUCCCCGUAACGGCCAGCCAAAGUCUCGCAAGCAUCAAAGACCUGUUGUUGAAUCCGACGCAGCGGUGGAGUCUCCAGGUCCCAGUCCAGGAGAUGGGAGGCUGGAAAUGAUCAAGCGUGUUAAAGGGACGUCUCAGAGAAGUUCUAGUACUGCCAGUCAGAACCGGGCAGCGGCUAGCGCUAAAGACGAUGGGGUUGAAAUACAUCGAGGGGUUCAAGCGGAAAAGGCAGGGCAGCUUAUUGCUGGGACUGAGGUUUUCUAUAAGUAUCCGAAGGACCAGCAAGAACAGGAAGAAGGCGUGGGGAUUCACGGGAUUAUCAAGAAAGUGUGGCAGGACAAAAAACCGAUUCAAUAUGAUGUUAGAGACCCUGAGGAUGACCCUUCUGGCAAGCAAACAGUGCGCAAAGCAACCGCCAGGGAUCUUGUGCCUAUCCCACAGGCGAACACUGGCGGACCACAAUUCCCAACAGGAGGCAAUGUCUACGCCAAAUACCCGGAUACGGACACGUUCUACCGAGCUCGAGUGAAAAGUUUUCAGAAGACUGUUUAUAGUUUGAAGUUCGAUGAGGAUGAUAAGGAGAUGCUUGUCGACGCACGCUUCGUGUUGGAUUCGCGGUUUAAAUGA